UUUUAACCGCGGGAAGCUUUUGUUAAUUUAAAAAAUGAAAGGGAUGCAAUUCGAAACGUGUCGUGGUCACCGCCUGAUCCAUAUUUGCUUUUUCUGUGAAAGAAGUGAAUGGUUUCAGUAAUGGCUAAGGAUGAAGAGAGGAGUAGCAGUCGUCGUUCAAGAUGGUCUCUUUCGGGGAUGACCGCUCUUGUUACCGGAGGAACUCGAGGAAUCGGGUAUCUGAUUAAUUACUUAUCCAGUUACCCUUUUUUCUUUUUCUUUUUUAAAUAAAAUUCUUGAAAAUCAUUUCAAUUUCAAGGAUUAGCAAUUCCUCCUGUAAUAUGAAUUUUCCUCGAUUAGGCGUGCAGUGGUGGAGGAACUGGCUGAAAUGGGCGCCAGUGUAUACACCUGUUCCAGGAAUGAAGAAGAGCUGAACCAGUGCUUGCAAGGUUGGGCUUCUAAAGGCCUCAAAGUCUCAGGUUUCGUCUGUGACGUCACGUCCAGAGAUCAGCGCAUGCUUCUCUCACAGAAGGUUUCUUCUGCCUUUGAUGGCAAGCUCAAUAUUCUUGUUAACAAUGUUGGGAAAUCUAUUUUGAAGCCUACCGUUGAGUAUACAGCUGAAGAAUACUCUUAUCUCAUGGCUACCAACUUAGAGUCUUCUUACCAUCUUUCUCAACUUGCUUAUCCUCUUCUAAAGGCAUCCGGAGCUGGAUCCAUUGUCUUUGUUUCCUCUGUUGCUGGCUUGGUACAUAUUGCUGCCGGAUCUAUUUAUGGCGCUACCAAAGGGGCUAUGAACCAACUUACAAAGAACUUGGCUUGUGAAUGGGCAAAAGAUGCCAUUAGGGUCAAUUGUGUAGCACCUUGGUAUAUUAAAACCUCUCUUGUUGAACCGGCCCUUUCAAACAAAGAAUUCCUUGAUAAGGUGAUAUCCCGAACCCCUCUCAGGCGGGUAGGGGAACCCCAAGAGGUUUCAUCAGUGGUUGCUUUCCUUUGUCUUCCUUCAGCUUCUUAUGUAACUGGUCAGGUUAUUCCCGUUGAUGGUGGUUUCACUAUGAAUGGCUUUGAAAGUUAGAAGCUAUAUUGGAUCAUAUUCCAAGUGAAUUUACCGUUUACUCCCAUUCCCUUUCUCUUUGUUUGAAUUGAAUUUUCUUUUACAAAUAAGGUGAAGUACUUGCUGCAUGUAAAUCUCUUUUGCUCGGGCAAAGAAAAAGUAUUACUCCCUGAUUUCCUUUUUAUCUUGCUACUUUCUGUUUCGGAUCAUCUGUAAAUAAUGUUACUUUUACCAUUUAAUUAAAAAAAUGUGCAGUUUACAUUCUUCUAGUUUUUAUCUUAAUAAAUUCGUUAGACAAUUUUUU